AUGCUUUCUAAUGUCGACUUCUUGGAUACACGCAUUGGGAUGAAUGAUGCUGCAGCCGAGCUUCUCAUACACCCCGGGGAUCUCCCCCGGGAAGACAUAAGUAAUGUUGGAUCCAAUGCUAAAGACCAAGAUAUGCAGCAACAUCAGAACUGUAAUCAGUCAGUUGGGAAACGGAAUCAACAAAAACAGAAACGCCAUAGGACCAGAUUUACUCCAGGGCAACUUAACGAACUAGAAAGGAACUUUGCUAAAACCCACUAUCCAGAUAUCUUCAUGAGAGAAGAACUUGCAUUACGGAUUGGUUUGACGGAGUCACGAGUUCAGGUAUGGUUUCAGAAUCGGCGUGCAAAAUGGAAGAAACGCAAGAAGACUACCAGCGUUUUCCGGGCGCCAGGGACUCUGCUGCCAACACACGGUUUGUCCCAGUUUCCGUCUGCUGCUGCUAUGAGUGAUAGUCUUUGCUCUUUUCAUGCCAAUGAAACUCCCUGGGCCGCGGCUGGAAUGCCCGGCGUAUCACAGCUCCAAAUACCGCCCGCACUGGGCCGACAGCAAGCAAUGGCACAGUCACUGUCCCAGUGCAGUCUCGGAGUUGGCCCUCCACCAAACUCCAUGGACCUUUCCAGCCGCAUAUCAUCAAAUAGUUCGGGUCUUCAUUCACAUGUAUACCAACACACAUUUACUGGGAUGGGGUCCUCUUCCACUUGUGUGACCGGCUCACCACAGGCGUGUAGCUCUCGGGACAGUGACAUAUGGAGAGGAACAAGUAUAGCGUCACUGCGCCGUAAAGCACUAGAGCACACUGUAGCCACAUACACCCUGCAAAAUUUCAGAAGUGACAACCGCAUUUAA